UCUUUAUUUAUGUAACAGUUAGGGGCCAUACACAUGCAACAAAUUUCCCACAUGAAUAUCACUUCUGCAUAGAAAAGUACAGUAUAUACUCUAUAUGUUUAUAUACUCUUUGUGUAUGUAUGUGUAUACUUGAAUGUUUCACUCUGUGUACAUACAAUGUGGAAUUCUGCCACCUUUUCAGACUUCCCGCUGUUUGUCCAUAUGGCAAAAUACUCACACAUGUUCACCGUGUGUGAAAGUGUGCAUGUAGGCUGUCUGUAGAUUAUAGGUGUGGUGGGUUUUUUUUUUACUAGUUGGGGGUGAUACUGUAAAGCAUGCUUCCUCAAACUCGGCCUUCCAGAUGUUUUUGGCCGACAACUCCCAUGAUCCCUAGCUAGCAGGACCAGUGGUCAGGGAUGAUGGGAAUUGUAGUCUUAAAACAUCUGGAGGGCUGAAUUUGAGGAAGCCUGCUGUAAAGCAACGAUUACUUAUGGGGUACAUUUUUAUUUUUAUGUCCUUUCAUAGCCUUACUAAAUCCAGUCUCACAGGUUUUAUAGUACUUCAAGCUGUACCCCGCAGAACAACUUCCAGAAGUGUGUGGCCACUACUGCUGCAACAGAUGUGUGUAAAGUCUGUUGUAAGUAUGGCAGGCUUCACUUGGGCUCAUCCAGACUUGUUUUCGUGCUGUGUUUCUAUGCACAAGUCCACGUUUUAAAGCUCCAUGUCCAAGUGCUUUCCCACACCCAGUGCUUUCUCUUUGAAAACCCACUCCUUACCACUGAACUGGAGCAUACAGCAACCUGCAGCAAACCUGAAUUGCCGUUUGUUCCAAUUCAGCAGUAAAGACAGGUUUUCCUGGGGAAAGAAAAAGCACUCUGAUACUGACCAGGAAAGCAUUGACCUGUGCCUAGAAAGUGCAGGUUAAAAGGCAAGUGUCAAUGAGCCCUGUGUGCUCUCUCUCAGCAUCCAGAGCACAUUCUGGAAUUGUCUCAAAAGUUCUUUUAAAUUAUUUUCAGUACAUGGAAGUCGCUUACUAACUUCUGGUCUAGUUUCAUAUCUCCUUUAAAUUGUAUAAGAGAGGCUGGAACUGGAAAAAUUGAGUGAACAUGUUCCCCUCUCCCUGGAAAUGCUUUCCCCAUUUCUUUUCCACUGUUAUGACUAUACAGUAUAGUAGGGUCACUACUUUAAAAUAAUUGAGUUGAGCUGAGGUGUUUACUUUACAGUACUUUACUUUAGCUAAAAUGUGAGUAAGAGGUGGCAUGAUAGAAGUUUAUAAAAUUAUGCAUGCAUGGCAUAGAGAAAGUAGAUAGAGAAUAGCUUUUCUGCCUUUCUCAUGACACUAGAACUCAAGGACAUCUAAUGAAGCUGAAUGUAGGAAGAGUCUGGAUGGAUAAAAGAAAGUACUCUUUGGGCAGUGCAUAGUUAAAUUAUGGAACCUGCUCUCUCAGUAGGUAGUGAUGACCACCAACUUGGAUGACUUUAAAAUAGGAUUAGACAAAUUCAUGGAGGAAAGGGCUAUCAAUUGCUACUAGCCAUGUUAACUAUGUUCUGCUGGCACAGAUGGAGAGAACAAUGCUUCUGAAUACCAGUUGCUGGAAACCACAAGAGGGGAGUGUGCUCUUGUGCUCAAAUCCUGCUUGCUGGUUUCCCACAGGCAUCUUGGUUGGCCACUGUGAGAGCAGGAUGCUGGACUAGAUGGGCCCAUUUUCUUGAUUCAGCAGGCUAUUCUUAUGGAUUGUGUGAUUUCAAAUUUAUGCACUUGGCAGACGGCUAGUUGAAAUCUCAGCAAUUAAAUGCCCAGAAGACAAAGAGCUUUAAAGUUAUUUUGGCACAGAAAUGACUUUUAAACUUUCUGCUUUGCUUACCGGACUCUAGGAAACUCUUGCGCAGGUUCUGGUGGUGUUAGUGAGGUGUUGCGGGGCCGUCCAAGAUCUCACGAAAGCCUCCAGAGCCCACAUGAAAGUUUCCAAGAUCCCAGUAAGCAAGGCAGAGAGCUUAAAAGCUCUUGAUUACCAGGCUCUGGGAAACUCUCUUGCGGUCUCUGGAGGCUUUCACAAUAUCUUGGAUGGCCCCAAAAUAUCUUGUGCUGGCUCAGGAAGGUAAGGUUGCUGGUGCAGGGACAGUUGCAGGGAGUUGUUUUGACUAUACAUGAUUGUGACUUUACACACUGCCCCCCUGGAAUGUAACCCCUGUACAAGAGCAAGACACAGUCUUACUGUAUAGUAGUCAAGCCAGUGAUUCUGGAUUUGGACUAGUACCUCAUAGUACAAUGGGGAAUAUUGCUUCCAUAGUCCAAAGGGAUAUUUGGGAAGGGCCAUAGCAAGUGUUGGGCUUCUGCUUUGUAUGCAGAAGGGUUCUGGAUUCAAUCCCUGGUGUCUCCAGGUAGAGUUGGAAGAAACUCCUGCCUGAUAUCCCAGAGAACCACUGCUGGUCAAUAUAGACAAGACUUAGCUGAAUAGACCAGUGAUCUGAGUCAAUACAAUGCAGUUUCAUAUGUUCCAAUGAUAGACAUACUUGCUUGUAUACAGCCACAGUUUCCUGUAUGGAAAUGUUAUCAGACUGUGGGAAUUAAUCAGGUGUGAUGCUCCUAUUUCAAAACACAGGGAUGUUUUCAAAACACAAAAUGCAAUUGCUAUGUGUGAUGAUUGAAAGAAGAAAGUAAUUGAAGCCAAUUUUUAUUAUUUUAAAUAGCUGGGUAAUAUAAUUUUAUAAUUAUAGCAAAAAUGUUCGCAAGGAAUGAAAGGUGGUAUACAAAUACUUUUAAUAAUAAUAAUAAAAUUUAUUUAUACCCCACGCUCCCCAGCCAAAGCCAGGCUCAGAGCAGCGAACACCAAAUAUAAAACAACUGAUUAAAAUACAACUCAACAACAAGAAUUAAAUUAAAAAUUAAAAAUGCAGCGUCAUAUAAAAGGGAAAAAGAAAGGGAAAAAUAACAGAAUCACAUUGACAAAUACAUUUAGGAUUCCUAGGAUAAACAAAAUCUUUAUCAGUCUUGAACAAAGCUAAAUAAAUUUCUUGAAUACCAUAGUCUCAACUGCUGAUAUAUCUAUUUCUGAUCCAACUGAGACCCCAUAUACCUUUAUAAACCUGCUGGCCCUCAUAUCACUUCUUGGAACAUGUGAUUGGGUGACCUAGCUUUAUUAUCCCUUCUGAAACAGUAAAAUAAUAAACAUGUGAAACUUAGUUUUUCAUGUCCCAAAUCAGAUUGCCACUAUGAAAAAAUAUUGCAUUUCUUGAGUUCCAGAGCAAACUGUAAUUGCAGACAGUAAAUUCCUUUUCUGUUCUGAAAUAAAAGCUUUUAUAUAUACAGUAGUGGCAAUGGUUGUUAAUCUUUUUUUUUAGCAUUAAUUCUCAGGUUUUGGGAAUAGUACACUUAAUUAGACUUUCCAAACUGCUUUACCUUCUUGAGUAUUUUCAAAAUGUCAUAUAGAGAAGGGCUUAGUUUCUAGUACCUGUACUGUGUGUUACUACUUAAGAGAUUUUCGAAAUAUUGAACAGUAUAUAAAUGCUUUAAAAUAAUUAAAUUUAGCAUAAGGAUAAGCUUUUGAUUGAAAAGUGGUGUCCAGCAAAAAUAAGUGACAGAAUGAAGCAUUAAAGAAAAUAUUUAAAGAAUUGCUUUCUUAUGCUUGAAUUGAUUAUCCCGAUAUUUCUAAAAUAAUAAUAAUAACCACCUGCAGCACAAUCCUAAGCACAUUUAUUACAGAGUAAGUAUUAAAACUAAUUUCUGAGUAAACAUGUAUAGGAAUGCAUUGUUAGUGCUUUUGAAUGUGGAAGAAAAAUGCUUGAUUUUUUUCUUCUUGUGCAGUCCCUUUGAAUUGUAGGAAACAGCUAAGUUUUCCAUAGUAAGAAAGAAAGGUGAACAAUUAAAGAGUUCUGAGUAUUUUAUUUCAUAGUUCAAAUUAGAAAAAUGUGUGAUUAUGCGAUGGGCACCUCAUAACACCAUUUUUCACACAGGACUAAGCUGCAGCAUGUUUUUGCUUCUAGCUUAGGCUGAUGGCUGUACAUUCGCACCUCAAAUUUCACCUCUGAAGCUCAUAAAAUAAGAACUAUCUGGGAAGGUGAUAUAUUUAGCUACUCCUGCAGUAUGUCUAACUUUAGCACCACUGGUAGUAGUGGUGGGUGCUUCCCUUCCCACAAUACCUCUGCUGUAUCACAAGCCAAGGACAGAUUGUCUGACUGUCAUGUAGGGACAUAGAUUCUGGUGUAGAUCAUGUCUCUUGAUAAAGAAUUGCAAAGAGACACCCAGAAGUAUUCAUCCUUGGGGAUUAUUUGACUGUCGGGGGGGGGGGUUCUUUGGCCUUGCGUCUAGGUACAGUGACCGAACAAUCCUUGCUGUAAGUAAGAAGAAGGCAAGGUAUGUUUCACUUAGAAUUUGUUGGCCAUAAAAAAACACCAAACUCCAAAUCAAGAAAAUUGCUCAUUGUGGCUGAAGUGAUCUCCCAGAAGGACUUGAUACCUCUGCUGGGAAGACAAAAGUUUGCUCAGGAACUAAGCCAGGAUGAUGAUCAAAGAAACAUCUAUGCGAAGGGACCCAGAUUUACGAGGAGAGUUAGCUUUCCUUGCAAAAGGCUGUGAUUUUGUUCUUCCAUCCCGCUUCAAGAAGAGGUUGAAGUCAUUCCAGCAGGCCCAGGUCCAAAAUAAGGAGAGGAAACCUGUGACUACAUCUCCAGUACCUGCAAUUUCAGCAGUCAGCUCACAAGCACUUCUGCCUGCGAAUAAAGUAACUGUUGGUACCCCCUUGUCCACAAACAUUCCACAUUUCUACUUCCCCAACGGACUUCCUAAUGUCUGCAGUAGUCAUGAGGAGACCAUUGCCAAGGUUGAGGCAACCUUUUCUGAAUUUGAAGAUGAAAGAGUACCGCUUAAUGAAAUGGGGAAAAUUGCAAAGAUAUGCUGCUGCCCUCUGUACUGGAAAGCUCCCAUGUUCAAUGCGUCAGGGGGAGAGCGGACAGGAUUUGUAUCUGUACAUUCAUUUGUGGCCAUGUGGAGAAAGAUACUACACAACUGCCAUGAUGAUGCAUCGAAAUUCAUUUGCCUUUUAGCAAAACCCAGCAGCAACUAUUUGGAACAAGAAGAUUUCAUCCCUUUACUGCAGGAUGUAGUCGAAACUCAUCCUGGACUGACAUUUCUGAAGGAUGCCCCAGAAUUCCAUUCCCGCUACAUUACUACGGUUAUUCAAAGAAUAUUCUAUACAGUCAAUAGAUCCUGGUCUGGGAAAAUAUCCCUAACAGAGUUGAGGAAAAGCAACUUUCUGCAGACCCUAGCUCUCUUGGAGGAAGAGGAAGACAUAAAUCAAAUCACUGAUUAUUUUUCCUAUGAGCACUUCUAUGUUAUUUACUGUAAAUUCUGGGAACUGGACACUGACCACGAUCUCUACAUCAACCAGAAAGAUCUGGCUAGAUACAAUGAUCAAGCUCUGUCAAACAGGAUUAUAGAGAGAAUAUUCAGUGGAGCUGUGCUUAGAGGAAUGCAAGUGCACAAAGAAAACCACAUGAGCUAUGCAGACUUUGUAUGGCUUCUAAUUUCUGAAGAAGACAAAAGAAGUCCCACAAGUAUUGAAUACUGGUUCCGCUGCAUGGACUUGGAUGGGGAUGGCAUGCUCUCCAUGUAUGAACUGGAGUAUUUUUACGAGGAGCAGUGUGAGAGGAUGGAAUCCAUGGGCAUUGAGCCACUGCCAUUCCAUGACCUGCUGUGCCAAAUGCUUGAUCUAGUGAAGCCAGAGUGUGAGGGAAGGGUAACUUUGCGAGACUUGAAAAGAUGCAGAAUGGCACAUGUAUUUUACAACACAUUCUUUAACCUGGAAAAGUACUUGGACAAUGAACAGCGGGAUCCCUUUGCUGUGCAGAAGGAUGUUGAGAAUGAUGGUCCUGAACCCUCCGACUGGGACAGAUAUGCUGCUGAGGAGUACGAAAUUCUUGUUGCUGAAGAGUCUGGCAAUGAACAGUUACAAGAAGGAUCUUUUGAUGAUGACUAUGAAACAGAUGAACUCUUAUCACUACCUGAAAUUGAAGAAAAGUCAGACCACUUAGUUAUCUCAGAUCUAUCAACCUAAACAUAUUGAAGAAGUGUCUGCAAGGUCUGAUGAUAUUAAAUGGGAGAGUCCUCAGUUCUUACAUUUCAGGAAUUACUUCAUUCUUUUCCUUGAGAAAAUAACCAACAUUUGAAACCAUAACACCAUCUUUUUUAAAAAAAAUAAUUACUUGCUUCUGCGGUUUGGUAUCUUCCAGCAGUAUGGUAAAGUGUGUGGAUAUGGGUGGGCUGCGGCAGGCAUAACAGUGGUACCUUGCAAGACGAAUGCAUCGCGCAGCGAAAAACUUGCUAGAUGAAAGCGUCUAGCGAUUCUUUGUUGCCUCGCAAGACAAAGCUUUCUAUGGGCGCGUCUCGCGAGACAAUUUUUUUUUUGCCGCUUUUUUUUGCCGUCUGCCGUUUGUUUCCGCAAGACGAAAAUCUCGCUAGACGAAGCUACCCGCGGAAAGAAUUAUUUUCGUCUUGUGAGGUACCACUGUAUUUAGAAACUGUAGAGAAGCUAGAAGGCCUACACUGUACAAUGAAGCAUGGAAAGGCUUGAAAAGAAUCCAUGGUUGUAGAAAACCAAAGAAUUUAAAACAAGUUGAAGAAAUUAUUUCCUGCCUCAUGGAUUCUUUUCUCUUCUUUUUAUACUUAGAAAUUGAACCUUCAGCUUCCUUCUCACCUUGCUACAUAAUUUUGACAAAAACUACAUGUUUUUCUAGAAAUAUUUUCAGAUUACUCCACUGGAUAAGCAUCACAGGAAGAUUGUCAAUGAAUUGGGGGGGGGGAAUGCCCCAAGAGUUUAUUUAAAUCUGAUAUAAAGCUACUGGGUUUGUUUGUUUUUUAAAGUUUAUUCUAGAAAAAUCCAGGCUAUUUGAUCUUAAUUGCCUCUCUUCACAAAAGGAGCUUUCCUUUUCUUACGGCUUUUCCAACAAAGUACAAGAGCCCCUCGUACAUGUUUAUUCUUAGCAAAUGUAAUACUCCUACAAAUCUCUGUAGAAAGAUCAUGGCACAUAUAUCCUCACAUAAUCAAGCGGUUACUGCGAGGAAAUAACCUAAAAUACUGCUACAAGAAAUAGCAUAGCUUGUUUCUGCAUUGCUCACCAUUUUUUUUAACUUUUAAAACUAAAAUCUAGGGUGUGAACUUCUCAUGAAGUAUAUGCCCUACCAAAUAUUAAACAAAAACCCUGAUAGAGCAGCAAAAUUGACUGGAGCUCAGAAAGCUCCAGUAAAAUCAACAACACCCUCACCGCCCCAAAACUUUGCUUGUGGUUCUUGCUCUUUAGAAAUUAAAACGCUAGAUUAUGGUGCUUCCCCAUUUGCACAAUGGGAGAAUGUUGUGUGGCACUAAAGCAGGUUUUAGAAUUAGGCACUAAAUUUCUUUGAAAGCCACUGAGAUUUGCAUCCCAGACUUAAAAGCAUUGCCUUGGUUCAAACCCAUUUAAUAUGAAUAUAGUUGGUGCAGACUAAACAGUAUGGAUUGUAAGUUUGAAUACUUUGGUAUUUAACUUGCUUUUGUCUCAAUUCUAUAUAAAAUGUGUUAAAAUAAUAGGAAUAAUCAUGCAUUGAAUUAUAGGAAAUGGUUCCCACUUUUUUCAGAUACAAAAUCAAAAUUAAGAAAUGCCAGCAUACAAAAUUUAACUUCCUUUGCUAUAGGUUAAAUUUGUACUAGAGUUUCAGAACCUAAUUUCAAUGCCAGUCCUGGAGCAUGAAUACUGCAUUGUAUAAAAUAACAAUCUGGAAGAGUGUAUUUGAGCAUCUUUCUGGAUUGUUGAUGCAGGAGUAUGACUCUCGUUUAUGGUGUGAGGGCUCUGAGGUUCAUCUCGGUGAUUUGCCUUGGUCACAAGCAGAAGGGGGAGCUGUACUUUACCUUGUGUUCUUUAUCUGCACGCAUAUAUACACAUAAACACCCUUUUAUGGAAGUGCCAGGUGCAGUGACAGAGCACAUGCUUUGCAUGCAAAAGGUCCCAGGUUGAGUCUGGCAUCCCCAAGCAGGGCUGGGAAAGAAUCCCAUAUAAAAACAUGGAAAACUGCUGCCAGACAGUUCUGAGCCAGAUGGACUAAUGAUCUUCCGAUUCAGCAUAAGGCAUGUUCUUGUGCAUAGCGCUUUUCCGCACUACUAAUUACUUAAGCAAAACCGUUUGUAGUUGGAAUUAGAGAAGUGGAAGUUUUUUGGUCAGAGGCUUGUGGCGCUCUCUAAUAAUAACAAAUUAACAUUUUUAAUGCUGGUUUUCAAUAAAUAUAUAUUUUAAAUAAAUAAAUAACCUCAAUCAAGUUUUAAUUCCAUGCCAGGUAUUAGCAACAAAGCUCAUAAGAAGGGUUCUAGAAUGAAAAUCCCUUUAUUUACAGUCUGAUAAAUGGUGCAAAUGAUAAACAAGAAUUAGAUUUACCACUUUUUAAAAAGACUGCUGAUGAUAAAGAUAAAAGACAUAAAAUGUUUUCAUUUCCAUGUCAUCUACAUAUACCAUUUAAUUCACACUGAUUUUUUUUUGGGGGGGGGGCGAUUUGUAAUUUUAGGAAAAUUGGAGGAUCCAAUAAUUCUGAGUUGUUGGAAGAAAUAUUCAGUUCACAGCUCAUUUUCCCCAGAAUAUUAGAUUUUAUCUCAUAGCAUUUGUGCUAGCUAUACAGUUCACAAGAUUUUACCCAAACCUUUGAUUCCAUGCAAUUCUUCAUUAGUACAUCAGUUGGUUUUCUAUAUACUAUUACAUAUUAUAGAGCAAACAUUGGAGAAAGGAGUUGGUAAAAUGCAACUUUUUAAAGCAUUUUUAGUGGAACUGACACUGAUUUCACCGUGAUUUUUGAGCAACUAUUUUAAGUUAGCAUUAUUCCACAUUGGAGUGGUUAUUGUCAUGCUGCACCUGCGCCGUCCAGCCUCCCAGCGCAGCUGCGUACUGAACAAAACUUUAGUCUCAUGCAAGUUUCUAGACUGGUCUGCUGUUUGGAAAAGUUUACUGUACUCCUGUUACAAUUCCAAUCAGGAAUGGUUUAAUUUGUCAAUAUGUUCCUCAUCCUCCUCCACCCACGCCAUGUAGUUUGGGUGAAUAGCUGUAUUCUCUAGACUAGAGAAUCCAAACAUAGCAUCUUAAAUAAGCACAGGCUUCGCAUAAAGUGUUUCCUUGGUGUUCCCAGGAUCUAUUUCACACAAUUGCUAACUCAUUUAAAGAGUUGUUCUGCUACGCUGGUGUUCAAGAGGCACCCCUUUUUAAAAUCAUGAGUACUUCUUUAGCUAAACACAAUUAUGCUUAUUUUCAUUUUUGUAAAGGAAAAGAAAGGUUAACUUGAGCUGCCAUAUCUUACUUGCCAUAAAGUAAAAUGGCAGAGGCAAUUAUUAGCAUCAUUUCACUUGAAGCCAAUAGUGUAGAAAUGCAGAUAACUUUAGUGAAUAAUUUUAUAAGUGGCAAUCCGUUAGGUUACCACCUACAUUUAGCACUACAUUUGAAUAGGAAUGAUGUGUCAACAGGUCAACUGUAUGCAAAUUUGUAUUCAAAAACACUGUAAAAUUUUCUGUAUUGUAAAAAUAAAUAAAUGUUCUUAUGGAAUACUUGUAGCCUAAUUGGAGCAUAACUAGGAGCUAGACUCCCUGUAUUUUAUUCCCAGUUCUGCAAAGCACCUGCUAUGCACCACUAGUAAAAGCUUGUUGAACUUUUGCACGUGUGCAAAAAUACCUUUUGGACAACAGCCUGUAAAGGUUUUUUUAGUCAAAUUUUGAACGUUUUGUUUUUAUCUGCUCUUAAUGCUGUAUAUCGGAUUUCUUGUCUGAAGAGUAGAAAUAAGAACACCUACCUCAUAUGAAAGGGGUUAGUAUAAUUCAGUCUGCUAUAUUGCAGAAAUUCCUUUCAGUAAACUGCUCAAGCAAUACUUGUUUGGUGAUGCACGUCCUUUAAUGCCUAUUGGGACAAAGGCAUUGGUUAAAGUGGGAUGAGAGAGAGACAUGGUUACUAAAAAUGAAUGCUGCAAUUGGUAUCAAGUUUUUAGGCAGUGUUCGUGUUUUGGAGGUGCCUCGUGCACUUUGUAACUGAUUUUUUUACUUUAUUUGGGCCACCACUAAGAGGCAGUAUUGGGCAGAAGGCACAGAGCUGAGCUGAGUAUCAGGUUCAUUGGUAAGAGUGUUGUUGUUUUUUGUAAAAUUGGACAAAACUGUCUGGAUUUAACACAAAAGCUCUCCCAAGAUCGCUCCAAGAGCAUCUUGUGUUUAGCUUAAAAUAUAUAGCCUUAAAAGACCAAAAAGUUCAUCCACAACGCCAAAAUAACUCUUGGGUCUAAGAAUAUCUUUGAGUAUCACAGUAUGUGAAGUCUAUGCAAAAAUAUUUUUUAAUGAAGGUCACAGAGACUAUAAACACUAAAUAAUUUGGAGAAAUGCUUGUAAUUAAUGUUUAUUCAUGUAUUUUAACAUGCUUUGUUGUUAUGUGUUAAGGUUUGCAGGAACUAAGAUGUACAAAAAAAGUUGUGAAACUUGUUUGACACAGUUGUCCGAGGAUUACUUGUGCUGGGCAAGGCUUUGCCUUAGCUAUUUUCCUUUGUAUUUCCUUUUUUGCAAUUAAAAAUAUUUUUAAAAAUA